CAUUUCUCUUCCCGUCCGCAAACAACCUGCAAGCCUUUUCUUCCCUCCAACACCUCCCUUCCUCUUCCACAACCACAACCUCCCCCCCUGCCCUGCACCCACCCAUCGUGUCCAUCUUGCUUUCAAGAACCGUGGAUCGUGAGGGCUAACACUCUCUUAGCCAUACCAAUAACAGCAGCCGCUGCAAAUUGACUCGCACUUGCCUCGUCAACAUCUGCAACUUGCCGGACUGGCUUCUGCAGGUAUGCAAGUGGAGACUCCUCCUCACCCACUCCCACCAACGGAAGUCCUUCUUCCCGAUUUCUCGGUGUUGGAUCUUCUCCCUACCUUACCAAUCCACGUCAAUCCUAACCACCUUCAUCGUUCGGCCGCUAAUCGUGCAGCGUCUAGACAACAAGAACCCCUGCUGCAUCUCGCAAGGCCCGCUAUGAUGCCGCCCGCCGAAGGUGACUUGACGCAGGCACCGCGCCGCUCUUCGACUGCAGCGUCGCAAGACUCCGACGACACCUCUUUCCCGUCAUUGGACAACGUUGACGCCACAUCCACUCCCUCAGACGGCGUUACCGCUGCUCAGAAUGGCUCCACGCUGACCCUGGCCACGAGUCCCAAGCUGUCCACCCCCACCCCAUCUCCAGGUGCUUCCCGUCCGCGCGCCAGUUCCGUGUCGGACAUGGCCAGUGGCGCCCAAUCUCCCCAGCAACUCGUCCGUCGCCUGAGCCUUUCUGCUGAGGCUGCUGUCGACGCCCCUCUCCCUUCCAUCCCGACCCCUGAAUUGCCGGGCUUCAGCGGUAACGUGAUCAGUGUCAACUUCUGCAUCCCCUACAAGGUGGAGUACGAUAUCGACGUUGAAGACUUCAACUUGUUACCGCAGAAGGGAACAUCCGCUCUGUUCGACUCCUUCUCCUACCUCUCCUCCACAGAGUCAGAGUGGUCCCACAAGCUCAUUGCGUGGACUGGAGAGAUUGAGGAAGUUUGGGACCCCAAGAUCCACGACGCCCCCAAAGAGGUCUCUCCUUUCUAUGCACCCUAUCGUCCCAAGGAGGUCCACUCGCUCAAGCUCUCCGCACAAGCUCGCAACGACUUCACUCAGCAAGUGAAGCGCAAGUAUGGCGGCCACAUUCAGCCUGUCUGGCUCCAUGAUGAGAUCACCGCCGAUGACACCCAUCUCUUUCGCGAGCAGGAGAAGUGGAGACGCUACGGCGAGCACGAACUCUUCGGCCUCUUUCACUACAAGCGGAACGACACCUCCCAUCCGGAAGUCAGAAAGCAGGCGUGGCGCAACUAUCACCGCAUGAACGAGCUCUUCGCCCAGACCAUCAUGGAAGUCUACCGCCCCGGCGACGUGGUGAUGAUCCACGACUAUCAGCUUCUCCUCCUGCCUGCCAUCCUCCGGCGUCUGAUGCCCAACAUGUACAUCGGCUUCUUCCUGCACAUCCCCUUCCCUAGCAGCGAGUACUUCCGCACCUUGCCCACGCGCGAGCUGCUGCUGCAUGGCAUGCUCGGCGCUGACACCGUCGGCUUCCAGACAAAGAGCUACGCGGCCCACUUCAAGUACAGCUGCGAGCGCAUCUUGUCUCUCCAAGCAUCUGACCAAGGCGUGGAAUAUCGGGGAGCGUACACCGCCUUUGAGGUCUUUCCCAUCGGACUCGACGCCCGCGGAAUCCUGUCGCAUGCUUUCAGCGUCAGUGUGAGUACUAUCAUCGCUGGCCUGGAAUACGACAAGGUACACACCGGCAGAAAGGUCAUCAUGGGCCGCGAUCGACUGGAUUCGGCACGUGGAAUCAUGCAAAAGAUUGAGGCCUUUGGACGCUUUCUGGACCGCCAUCCUGAGAUGGUGGGAAAGGUCGUCAUGGUUCAAAUCACCAGCCCACUCGGCCCGGGCCUGUCAGAUUUGCAGCGCGACAGUAUUGACGGGAUAACAGCGAAGGUCAAUGCCGACUACGGGCAUCUUGGCUACUUACCCGUCACUCACCAUGCCAAACCCCUUAGGAAGGAUCAAUACCUCGCUUUGCUGAGGCUUGCUGACCUGGCAAUGGCCACCAGUCUGCGAGACGGAAUGAACACCACCGCCCUGGAGUACAUCCUCUGCCAGCGCGACCGCAAGAACCCCGUCAUCAUCUCGGAGUUCUCAGGCACGGCCGACAGCCUCGACAAGGCGUUCAAGGUCAACCCCUGGAACAUCAACGACAUGGCCGACAAGAUCUACCAGGCAGUCACCAUGGAUGAAGACACCAAGGCGGCGCACCACAAAGAACACUUCGACUUUGCCACCUCCAACAGUGUCCAGGCCUGGACGACAAAGUGCAUCACCCGCCUCAUGGCCAACCUCAUCUCCAACGAGCGCUCCCAAGACACCCCCGGCCUGGACCCCAACAAACUCCUCCACCAGUACUCCAUCGCGCAGCGCCGCCUCUUCCUCUUCGACUACGACGGCACCCUGACCCCCAUUGUCCGCGACCCCGCCGCCGCCCUCCCCAGCCCCCGCACAAUCCACACCAUCCAAACCCUCGCCUCCAACCCGCGCAACGCAGUCUGGAUCAUCUCCGGCCGCGAUCAGACCUUCCUCGCCGCCCAAUUCGGCCACCUCCCCGCCCUAGGCCUGUCGGCCGAGCACGGCGCCUUCCUACGCGCCCCGCACGCCGCCGCCUGGGAAGACAUGACGGAGCAGCUCGACAUGACGUGGCAGCAGAAAGUGACGGACGUCUUCGCCGCCGUCUCCGCCACGUCGCGCGGCUCGUACAUUGAGCGCAAGAAGAUCGCCGUCACGUGGCACUAUCGGCGCGCCGAGGAGCCCGAGGAGGCGAAGAAGCUGGCCAAGGCGUGCAGGAAGCAGCUCGAGGAUACGCUGGCCCGGCAGUACGAAAUCGAAGUCAUGGCCGGCAAGGCGAAUCUGGAGGUGCGUCCGCAGUGCGUGAACAAGGGGGAGAUUGUGAAGAGGGUGGUGUUGGCGUAUGGAGAUGGGAAAGACAAGGCGCCGGACUUCAUCCUCUGCCUGGGCGACGAUUCGACGGAUGAAGGUCAGAUUCCUUCCCCCCUCCCUCGAUUAUCUCCGUGGCAGUGCUGACCUAUGUGUGUGACGCAGACAUGUUCCAGAAAUUCCGCUCCUCCGACCUGCCCGCCGAGCACAUCUUCACCGUCGCCGUCGGGCCCAGCACCAAGCCUACGCUUGCCAGCUGGUGUUUGCCCGAGCCGGAGGACGUCAUUGACGCGCUGGCGAAGUUGGGCGAGUACAAGGAGGAGGAUGGGGUGUAUCAAGUUGAUGAGGAGCGUUCGUCGGAUGUCUAGAUGACGCGUGCGCCAGGUGAUAUC